ACGACAAAGUGACGAUGGCCGAGAGAAAGAAAGUACGGGAGGACUGUGUAGAAUAUCGAAUUUUUCCAGCAGUCAGCGGCCACAAUGACCACCAGACUUUACUUAACACAUUGGACACUUGCUUGGCCGUAGUCAGCCCCCACGUGGUGGAUUACAUUUGGCACAUUGACCCAUUUCAGUUGACUCCUGUGGACGGAACAAAGGAUUGUCCCCCUCAUCUUUUUGGUAAAACCACUUUUGGAGACAACAUUGAAGAUGAAUGGCUCAUUGUAUAUCUGUUAUUUGAGCUGUCCCGACAAAUUCCAGAACUCGUAAUACAAGUUCAAGACAUUGAUGGAGAGUUUCUAUUGAUAGAAGCAGCUGAUGCUUUACCUAAGUGGGUAGACCCUGAAACAGUAGAAAACAGGGUAUUUUUGUACAAUAAUGAACUACACAUCAUCCCAAGACCACAGACACCAGCUGAAGUGACAAUAUUCCCAGCAUCUACACCCACCCUACAAGAAGCAGUCAACUGUGUGAGACAGUCAGCCUUGAAAACUAGAGCAAGUCCACAAGUCCAGAAAGCUCUGAAAGCCAGAGUAAAUGAGUAUCCCGAAAAGAUACAAGAAAACAUCCAUCACACCCACUGUUAUAUCCCAGCUAACUUAGCCGCAGCCUUGGAGAGAAAACCUGAUCUAGUAGCAGCAGGGGUCCAGGCAUUUUAUCAAAGGGACCCUAUAGAUCUACAGGCUUGCAGAACAAUGCAGUAUUUCCGACCAGGAACCCGUGUGACAAGUAGGGUGAAAAUGACAAGAUGCCUGUAUGCCCAGCUUAUGCAGCAAAAAUUUCAACCAGACAAGAGGUGUGGUUUCACCCUACCCAGCUCCAGUAAUCCCAAGUUCACAUCACAUGACUUGGGAAUGAAACUGGCACACGGUUUUGAAAUUUUAUGUUCCAAAUGUGAUGAAAAUGAAGAGAGAUCACAGAAUGGUCAUCAAGUAAGACCAAAUGAUGUCCGAUGGAAGAGAUAUCUUCAAUCCUUAAAAGAAAAAGGCUUUUUCAGGGGGGAAAUAGAGGGCUCCAAGAAGUACAAUGAACUUCUCUCCAAAGCUAGAGAGUUCUACCAGCAACAGUCAUUUAGUGCUCAGAGCAGGUGGACUGCUGGUGAUGUGAUGCUAGAUUUGCUUGAUAAAGUAACAUUUGACAUUGAUGCCAUGCGGAGAAAUGAAGCCAGGUUGCCUCCGCCUGAUGAUGACAGUUGGCUUGAUAUUUCCCCCGAGGAACUAGAUGCGUUAUUAAUGAAGAGAUCAGGUGCCCGUAAUGGAAAUUCCACAUCUCCAGAUCUAGGCAAGGUGGCCAGCAGUAUGAAGACCUUUGUGGAUCAGAUUUCCAGUGUGGAUGGCGUCGAGUUUCCAGGAGAAGGAGAAGAUGAAGGGAUUCAGUUUGACAGUACAGGAUUUAUUUCAGCCAUGACUAAAAUGUUUGAAUUUGAAGACAACAAUGAUGGGGAAUCUAGUUCUGACAUGGAGGAGUAUGGCUGGGACGAUUCAGACAUAGAUGUAGAUGAUCAGCCACCAGUGGUCCAAACAGAGAAGAGGAAACAGAGUGUGAAGUCCUCUGGGGGUCUAACAGUACAGGACUACAUGGAUCUGAUGGACCAAGAACUCGGUCAGACCAGUGUAGGAAAAAGUUUUGAGAAAGAACCUCAAGUCAGUGAACCUACAUCUACAAAACCCCAGAAUGAGUCAAAGAAAAAGUCAAAGAAAUCUAUAGCUGAGGAAGAUGAUGACUUUGAGCCUGUCAACAUUGACAUCAACAUUGUUAAAAACAUGCUGGAGUCUAUGAAUGCUCAGCCAGGCUUAGCAGGGCCUGCCUCGAAUAUUCUCCAGACCAUGGGUGUUAAGAUUCCUACGGAGACAAAGGAACCCCCAAAACGUCCCCCUCAGCCGAUGAGGAGGUCCUCUGGUCCAGAGGAGAGACCCUCUGUCCCACCAAAGCCUACUAACCUUCCUGUAUCUCAAGCCAAACAGAGACCACAACGACCACCCCCACCUAAAACAAGAACAAUACACAGGCAGCAGUCAAAGGAAACAAAUGUCUAAACAUAGCAUAGUGAUGUGGCUCACAGCCUUUCCAGUUUGAUUAGGUUGAGAGGAGAAAUGUGCCAUGAAAUAGGGUUUAUGAUUUAGUGAAAUCUUAAUUAGAUCUAAGGAUACAACAUACAUGUACAAGGGUUGUCUAUAAAGUGUGUAGACAAAUGCUUUAUAAAUUUAAUAUUUUCUUAAUAAUUACCACACUGCCAAAUGUGUACAAU